GUAGAAGAGAAUAAGCCAGGAUGCGUCAUAGGAAGGAAUAUUAGCAUUGAAGAGAAUUUGUCUUCUCCUCUCCUUCUGUACCCUCUUCUUAUCCUUCUUCCCCUACAUCCAUCCAUUCCUCAUAACCUCCAUAGAAAGACAAACAUCAUCAUCUCUAAGUCUAGACCCUUCGAUUUAUAUCAUCCCUAUAUAUGUAGGUACAUUUAUCCUCUUUCACAGGAAAGAUCAAGGGCCUUUGAAUUCCGCCCCGCAGCUGCUCAAUGCAUCGGAUAUUUUUUCCACUUGCAAUGUUACAAGAGAUUAUACUUUAGGAUGAAAACCUCUUGUAUAAACAAGAGCUAUCAACAGUAUAUAUUAGUCCUUCUCAAAAAUGCUUGACUACUCUUCCACCAAAAUGAAGAAGGCCUCUUUCCCAGAAUUUCUCCUUUUCUCAGGAUCAAAGACAUCCCAGUUAGCCGCCGAAAGCUGGUUCGACGAUGCAUGCAUCCUUGAUAUGGACUAUUUUGUUAAGACCCUAGCCGGAAUUAAGGCUAAGGGUGUCCGUCCGGACCUUAUUGGUUCAAUCAUAGCUCAUUAUGCAUCAAAGUGGCUACCAGAACUCUCUGAUGAUCACCAACCUAGUACAGACAAGGGAAUUGCAAACUUUCCAGAAUCCCCAGAGAGUGUCACGACUUCAUGGAUGAAAAAGAGAUUUUUCGUCGAAACCCUGGUGGGAAUCCUGCCUCCGGAGAAGGAUUCCAUCCCAUGUAGCUUCCUCCUACGCCUUCUCCGGAUCGCAAACAUGGUCAGUGUGGAGCCUGCAUAUAGAGCUGAGCUUGAAAAGAGGAUUUCAUGGCAACUUGACCAAGCUUCACUGAAAGAGCUACUGAUACCGUCGUUUAGUCACACUUGCGGGACAUUGCUAGAUGUCGAGCUAAUAAUUCGUCUAGUGGGGAGGUUUGUUAGUUUAGAUGAGGUUGCUAAAAGUGGUGCUGCCUUAAUUAAGGUAGCUAAGCUUGUUGAUUCUUACUUAGCAGAAGCUGCUGUGGAUUCUAAUUUGAGUUUAUCCGAGUUUGUUGCUCUUGCUGGUGCUCUCCCAAGUCAUGCCCGCGCCACAGAUGAUGGUUUAUACCGUGCCAUCGAUACUUAUCUUAAAGCACAUCCUGGAGUGUCAAAGCAAGAAAGAAAGGUUCUUUUUAGAUUAAUUGAUAGCCGGAAACUCUCCCAGGAAGCAUCACUCCAUGCUGCCCAGAAUGAACGAUUGCCCGUUCGUGCUGUGAUCCAAGUCCUCUUCUCCGAGCAUACCAAACUUAAUCGACAAAUGGAUUGGAGCGGGUCAUUUAGUGGAACUAGAAGCCCCUACAUAGGGCUUGAGGCCCCGGCCAGGUGCCUUUCGAAACGUGAACUGAGCAUGCAACAAACAGAGGUAAGGAAGCUCAGAGAAGAUGUGCACAGGCUACAAAGCCAAUGCUAUGCCAUGCAAGCGCAAAUGGAAAGGUCGUGGGAGAAAAAGAAAGGGUUUUUCAGGUGGAAGAAGCUUGGGAAUGUCAUGCCUUCAAUGAAAAGUCAUAACGUUAGUGUUGUUGAUAAGAUUGAAGAGAGUAAUGAAGGAGAAGGAGAGGUGGGUUUUGGGAUACGAACUCCCGUGGACUUGAAGACAAAGCUAGUGAGAGGCAAAAAUAAAGCUCCUCUCAUGUGGAGAAAAUCAACGUCCUGAAGGUCAAGGGAUAUGAUCGAUCGGCGUGCCCAGUCGGCCGGUUUUUAUGCUAAGCCGAGUCAAAAUCCAAUUAAUUAAAUUAAUUAGCAGUAAUAGAUUUUGGUUUUCAGGCGUUGUACAAUAUGUUCCUUGUUAUUAUAAUUAUGACUCGAGGAAUAAUGAAGUAUGUAUGGAAUAAGAAAUCUCUUCCAUUUUCAUGUAUA